AUGGCGUCCAGAAUAUCGUCACAUCUACCGUCCAAUCCACUGGGUGAGCCUUAUAAUAGCCCGUCGUCUAUCAGUGUUGCUGAUAGCGCGAGCGGAGAUGGUCAUAGCGAGAUUACUCACGGCAGUAACGGACUUGGUGCUGGAGCUGCUGGCGGUCCCUACGGUGGAUCCAGUGGACCUGUAGCGUCAUCAGUUACGACUGAUGCGGCAUCUGGAGCUGACGUUUCGAUUGUUCCAGGUGAAAGUAUUGAAGGACGAGGCCUGACUAUGAGCCGGAGCAGCAGCAAUUACAGCCUGAACGGACGAGACGACUUUAAUGGCGACGACGACGAAGAUGAUGAUUAUGAAAACCAGCAACGAAACCAAAACGAACAUCAACUGAAAAACCAAAACCAGACGGAAAUUCACAACCAAAAUGAAAGCCAAAGGGAAAACGAGUCCCAAGGCUACAAUAAUUACAAUAACGAGAACGACGACCCGUCGACACGGAUCCAUCGGGGCAGAUCAGAUGUCAAGUCCGAACAUGGACCCGAAUCUGCCCCUGGCUAUUUACCUCCAAAUGAGCCAACCACCAAUACCCACGAACCUCUCGACCCGAAAAUCCCGUCUCCCCCAGCACAUGCCAGCGAAGCUGGCACAACGGGGUCUGGGGCAACGCCCCAGCCGCCGGAGGCAGACCCACCCUCUACAAAACCCCAGUCCAAACCGCGGUCAGAGUCCCGCUCCAGCAGGAGCAGGUCGAGACCGACUAAAGGAGUGUCGUCAGAUGCCAGUUGGGUGAAAGAAUCGGGAAGUGGUGAGGCCAAGGAUGCUAGUAAAAGUGUACAUGAACCGCAUUCACAGGCGGUUAUUAAUCAGUUGGUGAGAGAGAAGCUUGAGCUGGAUUUGCUGGUGAAUGAGAAGGUAUUACAGCUGUCCGAGUUGCAGUUGCAGAAUUCCAAGCUGUGGAAACUGGUUAAACGACAGCAUCUGACUAUUUUGGACCUUCAGAAGGACCUGGACGAGGCUGUGGACCAGAAUGAACGACUGCGGUCGCAGACUCAGUCUCCUGUAAAGAACCGGUCAACAGCAGCUUCUGCUUCUACUUCUACUAUCCACAGUGAAGAGGGUAGUGAGGACAGCAGUGCUGGAGUGGGGGCUAGGUCGAGUAAUAACGAUAUUGACAGUGUUGGUAGCAACUCAAAGGCCAUUAUUAACAAUAUGAAGACAUUGCGAGCCAGUUUGUUGCCAGCUGAGUCCUCGAGUGUUAUUAAGACAGUGGCCGAGCCAACCACGACGGUAGUGGGUACAAAUGCGACGCCAAGGACGUCAGUGGAUUCUACCAGUCAGAGUAGAGCUAGAACUGAGACGGAAAGUACUGCGACACCUAGGACAUCAGCACGUGAAGCAGCGUCCAGUGUUGACGUUUCAUCACCGACUGUAUCUGAAUCUGCUAGCAACAGCUCGGUGAGUCUUAAUUUAGACUCUACAGCCAGUGUUAUCUACUCUCCCAUGCAAAAGGCACAUAAAGUCAGUGUUGAGAGGACGAGAGGAAGAGACAACGAGAGAGCUCUUGAUGGCGCUUUAUCGCCAUUUAACGACAUUUCCACUCCACGAGACUACCAUCUACAACAGCCACUGUCACAGACCCAGUCAGAUCACCAACAUCACCAUCAGCAUCAUCAUCAACAGCAACAACAACAGCAGCACCAGCAGCUCCAGAGAGAACUGUUUGGAUCACCAACACGAGAAGAGCAUCAGCAACAACCUAAUCAUUUGCAUGUACCGGCAUUAGGAACUCCUCUGAGAGAUACUUUGGGAACACCAUUGCGAGAUAGGCUCACAUCUCCGUCUCGUAACGCGACAUAUGAACCACUGUUGAAUAGUGGUAUUAAUUUACCACAGGUGCUACAGCCAGGUCCUCCACUUGAAUCGCUAGGACCACCACUUUUCCAGUCCACGACGUCGACUUCGUCUGCAUCUGAGACAUUUGCGCCAAGCGUGUCAAUUACAGAUGAUGUUUCAGGUCGUGCUUCAGCUUUAGGUUUGGGUGCAUCUUCUGGCAAUGUGUCGGAUGAACCCGCUGAUAAUCCCGCCAACGACUCUACUUCGACGUCUGAUCGUGAGUAUCUUGUGCUGCCUGCCAGGUCAAAAUCACGACCGCCUAUUGGCGAACGUUUGGCUCGUGCGAAUACUCCACCAGUUGCUGGUGACUCGUUAUCAGUGGAAACUACAAAUCAUCACCUUGCUGAACCGACUACUCCUACACCAGCAUCAUCGUCCGGUACCUCAGGGUCUGCAAAUUCUUCUGCCAAAAGACGACCUCCACCUCUACUAUUCAAUAAUAACGACAAAUAUGGUCUAAAUGACACCACUGCUGUACGUGCAUUAUCGCCAGAAGCACCUUUAACUUCACAACUGCCACGGUCCGCACCUGCCACAUCUAAUUCCACUUCAUCUACGGCAGGUGCAUAUUCUUCUACAGCUCCUUCUACAACUCCUGGCACUGCAUCUUCAACGUCAUCUGCUUCUUCAGCAGGAAAAUCUCCUUUUGGUGCUUUAGACAUCAGUCUCAUUACAAUUGAGGUCAAAAACACUUUGUUUGGCAAACCAGAGUCUAAAAAUGCAUCUAAGGACGACCCAGUGGCUAUUCUCAAUUGUAUUGACCGGGAAACUGGAGCUGUUUUGUUCAAGAUUGUCAAGGACUACACACAAUUAUCAAACCUUGAUCAGUCCCUUCGUAAAUUUAGCAGUCAAUACUCGAUUCCACCACUACCAGAGAGAAACCUGUUUUUGUCUCAGGCGCCCAUUAAAGUUGAUUUGCGCAGAAACCAACUCAACUCGUAUUUUGGAGCAAUAAUGUCUGUUCCAGAAUUGCCACAGGAAGCUGUUAUCUUGCUAAUAAAGUUCCUGACACAAAAUGUUCUUCCAAAGACUGCGAUCGCAUCUGCAAACCCAUAUGGCUCGUUGACAGCUGGAAAAUGCGGAUUCCUAACCAAACGGGGGCGACUUACUUCGUGGAAAUCAAGAUGGUUUGUUUUGAAUGGAUCGUCUUUAGACUAUUAUGAACGACCUGAGAGCGAUGCGCCAAUUGGUACUAUUUCUGUAUACAAGGCCAAGAUUGGAAGACCCCGUAAAGAUGCUGACGAAUCGGAUGAAGGCGAGAACGAGUAUAGACAUGCAUUCUUGUUGAUGGAAUGGAAAAAGAACGGAUAUGUUCGCCAUGUCUUUUGUGCAGAAACUGACGAGGACCGUGAUUUAUGGAUCAAUGCCCUGCUGGAGUUGGUUGAAGUUGUUCCUGGAACUUCAACCAGCAACAAUAAUAACAACUCAAACGGUUCUGCUGGUGAGAGUCUAGCUAGUAGUGUCAGUACCAGUACACUUGGAACAGCCGUCAAUGCCGCAUCCAAUCCUAAUGCAUAUAAGCCCAUGUCACCACGGUCAGUCAAGUCUGAUGAGGGCGAUUAUUCUAAUAUGUCGAGUGUGACUGUAUUGUCACCUCCACCAUCAUCAAGUAUUGGCAUGAAUUACGAUGGCCAUCAUGGUAGCAACAGCUCUGUAUCCAGCAAUGGAGGAACUACAAACACAGCUGCUGGAGGCAGUUUUCCCAAAACACCUAUUUCUGGGCCGUUGUCAUUUCAGAAGAUUCUUGAUCCUGGUUCAUGGAACAGUCCUAACCGAAACAACAACAAUAACAGUGACAUUAAUCAUGGUCACUAUGUUGGCGGUAGUGGUGCUGGCUCUGGAUCUCAUCACGUCAGUCAUGGUAGCCAUGGUAGCAACAACGUCCACAGUUUCGGUAGCGAGUCGGAUGAAACAAAACGGAAAGAACGUAAAAAGUAUCUGUCCAUUUUCAAAAAAGGAGGACAUUCACCCAUGUCGUCUAAUACAAGUGCACACAGCGUAAAUGCAGCAUUUCCAAACGGAUUUCCAUCGAUGAACUCGAUUAAUCAACUUCAAUCGCCGCCACCACCACCUCCACCUCCUCCACCCCCUCCACCCCCACCUUUGAAUCUUUCAGGAACGAGGUCGCCAGGAAGUGCUACAUUCGGCGAUGACAAUUAUUAUAAUGAUUCGAUCGAUACCAGCAUGGACCACCACGGAGCACAUCGCCAGUACCGCGGUACUGUUUUUGCGACACCACUUCCACAGGCCAUCGCCAUUUCAUCAAAGAACGUCAAUGGCUGUAUAGUUCCAUCCAUCCUGUACCGGUGUAUCGAGCUCUUAGAACGCAAAGGAGCCAUCUAUGAAGAAGGACUAUUUCGACUGAGUGGAUCCGACUCUGCUAUCCGGGGUCUGAAGGAGCGAUUCAAUUCCGAGUACGAUGUCGACCUUAUCGCAGCCGGAGCAGACAUCCACGCAGUAUCUGGCCUCCUGAAACGGUAUCUGAGGGAGAUUUCUGAACCAGUGAUUCCGCCAUUAACAGAGCUGCAAUUCCGAACCGAAAUGGAGUCAGACGAUGCGUAUGUGCGGUCCACAGCUGCCAAAAACCUUGUCUCGGUGCUGCCGCGAGAAAACUACGACCUGCUUUGCGUGCUGUACUCGUUCCUGCGAAAGAUCGUAGACAACAUGAACCUCAACAAAAUGAACCUCAACAACCUCUCCAUCGUGUUCUCGCCAACCCUCCACAUCACGACCAACGUGUUCAGCACGCUCUUCGAAAACUACAGCGCCAUUUUCAAGGGCUUCCAGUCGGACAUCACCGACCCUGCUGCCAACGUCCUAUAA